AUGCGCAGUAACGCCCUGGACCAGAGAACCCCCCCUGAAGAACCCCCUCCUGAAGAACCCCCUCUGAAGAACCCCCUCCUGAAGAACCCCCUCCUGAAGGACACCCUCCUGAGGGACACCCUCCUGAAGAACCCCCUCCUGAAGAACCCCCUCCUGAAGAACCCCCUCCUGAAGGACACUCUCCUGAAGGACACCCUCCUGACGGACACCCUCCUGAAGGACACCCUCCUGACGGACACCCUCCUGAAGGACACUCUCCUGAAGGACACCCUCCUGACACCCUCCUGUCCUGAAGCCCACCCUCCUGAAGAACACUCUCCUGACGGACACCCUCCUGUCCUGAAGGACACCCUCCUGAAGGACACUCUCCUGAAGGACACCCUCCUGAAGGACACUCUCCUGAAGGACACCCUCCUGACACCCUCCUGUCCUGAAGGACACCCUCCUGAAGGACACCCUCCUGAAGGACACCCUCCUGAAGGACACCCUCCUGAAGGACACUCUCCUGAAGGACACCCUCCUGUCCUGAAGGACACCCUCCUGAAGGACACCCUCCUGAAGGACACCCUCCUGAAGGACACUCUCCUGAAGGACACCCUCCUGACGGACACCCUCCUGAAGGACACCCUCCUGAAGAACCCCCUCCUGAAGGACACCCUCCUGAAGGACACCCUCCUGAAGAACACCCUCCUGACGGACACCCUCCUGAAGGACACCCUCCUGAAGGACACCCUCCUGAAUGACACCCUCCUGAAGGACACCCUCCUGACACCCUCCUGUCCUGAAGGACACCCUCCUGAAGGACACCCUCCUGAAGGACACCCUCCUGAAGGACACUCUCCUGAAAGACACCCUCCUGUCCUGAAGGACACCCUCCUGAAGGACACCCUCCUGAAGGACACCCUCCUGAAGGACACCCUCCUGAAGAACCCCCUCCUGAAGGACACCCUCCUGAAGGACACCCUCCUGAAGAACACCCUCCUGACGGACACCCUCCUGAAGGACACCCUCCUGAAGGACACCCUCCUGACGGACACCCUCCUGAAGGACACCAUCCUCAUGUGCUUCUAG